UCGAGUACUAACAAUUAGCUAAGAUCUAGAAUGGCGGCUAAAGUUGUUGUUUUCGUUGCGGUGUUGGCGGCCUGCAGUGCCGUGCCGGUCAUCAUUGAUGACGAAUACAUCCCCGGAGUAGUAAUGCGCAUCGGUCGCUCCCCCAACGUCGCCUUCGGUUUCGGCAGCGGCUUCAGCAGCAACAUCGGCGGCAUCAGCCACUCCACUGGCGUGGGCACCUCCUUCCAGAGUGGCGAUGCUCAAGCCUACGGCGCUGGCUUGGGAAGCAGCAAUGGCAAUUAUGCCAGCGGCGUUGGCAUGGCCAGCGCUGGACCAUCCUACCCAGUCUACCAACAACAGCCAGCCUACGGAGGACUUCGUAACAACUUCGGCUCCGCUGUCUCCUCAGCUCAAAACUACAACGGCCUUAACUCCGCCGUAUCCUCCGCUCAAACUCAAAACGGACUCCAAUACGGAGCAGCGACUUCAGCCGCCCAGAACAACCCUCGUUACCAAUCCGCUGUGGCGUCCGCUCAGAACGUGAGGGGCUUAGGUUAUAAUAACGAUUUCGGUUCAGCGGUAGCUUCUUCUGAGCAUUCUGGAAACUACGGCUCAGCUAUGUCCGCGGCUCAGAAUCAUGGAAUGGGACUCUUUGGGUCUGCUGUUUCGGCUGCUCAGAACAACGGACACUACAGAGCUAGCACUGCACAAGCUAUGCAAAACCAUGGAGGUGCUGUUCAGCACAGUGGAGCCUCCAGCGUUAAUGCGCCAGGGCUCCAAGCUGCUCAAUCUCAUGCCGUUAACAGCGGCUUCUACUAAUUAUAAGGAAAUUGUGAAAAGACACUGAGACGACUUGUUAAACUUGUCUCAGUGUCUUUUGCAUUAUUGUGUGAUGAAUCUCAAUAAAAGUCUAGUUCUUAAAUA